AUGUCUUAUGAAGAACAACCAGUUCAGAUCCUUGACAGAAAGGAUAAGGUUCUUCAGAACAAGACCAUAGCUCUGGUCAAAGUGCUCUGGAGAAACAGCAAGGUGGAGGAAGCCACCUGGGAAUUAGAAUCAGACUUGAGAGCCCAAUAUCCGGAGUUAUUCAGACGAAAUGCCACAUAUACAUCACCAACAACGCAAAAACAAAUUUUGCAUGUGUUGGGAAAUAUAGUGACAAACGCAAUUCGUGAAGAAAUUGGUGAUGUAAAAUUUUCUGUAAUAGUUGAUGAAGCACGAGAUGAAUCUAAGAAAGAGCAAAUGUCAAUUGUUUUAAGAUUUGUUGAUAAAGAUGGUUAUGUGCAAGAACGUUUUUUUGGGCUUAUUCAUGUCAAAGACACUGCUGCUUUAACAUUAAAAGAAUGUAUUUUCUCUAUACUGUCUAAUUAUAGUCUUGAUGUUCAAUCUAUUCGUGGGCAACGUUAUGAUUGCGCAAGUAAUAUGCGUGGACAAUGGAAUAGUUUGCAAGCUUUAAUUUCAAGUGAAUGUCCUUAUGCUUAUUGUGUUCAUUGUUUUGCACAUCGUUUGCAAUUGGCAUUAGUUCCUGCAUCUAGAGAAGUUAUCCCUGUGCAUCAAUUUUUUACAAAGUUAAACUCCAUUGUUAAUAUUGUUGGUGCUUCAUGUAAGCACAAUGACAAACUAAAAGCUGCUCAAGCUACAAAUAUUGCUCAUUUACUUCAGAUUGAUGAACUAGAAAGUGGGAAAGGACUCAAUCAAAUUGGUUCUUUCCAAAGGGCAGGUGAUACUCGUUGGAGUUCUCAUUUGAAAUCUAUUUCUAGUUUGAUAAAGAUGUUUAGCGCAACAUGUGAGGUUUUAUUAAAUAUUAUUGAAGAUGGGACAAUUUUUUCUCAACGAGGAGAUGCAGAUGCAGCUUAUGAGUCAUUAACAUCUUUAGAAUUUAAAUUGAGAGAAGAUGGAUGGGAUGAAUUAGUUUAUGAGGUGAAAUAUUUUUGUCAACCUGUUAAUAUACCUGUCCCAGAUUUUAAUGCUCACUAUACUACAAAAAGACGAAGAAGUGGUGGUCAACAAGAUGCAAUUACAGUGGAGCAUUAUUACAUAGUUGAUCUUUUUAAUUCAGUGAUAGACUUUCAACUACAAGAAUUAAACAACAAAUUCAAUGAUAAUACAGUGGAGUUACUCAUUCUUAGUUCAACUUUAGAUCCGAGAGAGAUGCACACAUCAUUCAGAAUUGAUGAUAUUUGUAAGUUGGUACAAAUAUUUUACCUAAGAGAUUUUACAGAAUACGAGAUGGUACAACUAAGGACGCAAUUUGAACAUUUUGCUCAUGUACGAGAACUUCAUGAUUUUAGUGUUUUGGCAACUAUUUUUGAUUUAUGUCAGUGGUUGGUAAAAACUAGAAAAGCAGAGAUUUUUCUAAUUGUUUAUAAAGUGAUAACUCUUAUUCUUACACUUUCGGUUUCUACAGCUACCACAGAACUAUCAUUUUCAGCUAUGAAUAUAGUGAAGUUUACACUUCGCAACAAGAUGGAAGAUGAAUUUUUAAGUGAUUAUUUGCUUGUGUAUAUUGAAGGAGAAAUUGCCAAAAAAUUUAGUAUAGAUUCACUUAUCGAUGAUUUUCGUGAUAUCCAAGAAAGACAUUCUCAUCUACUUGGGAUUGGUACUGUUACUACUGAUUAUGGACUUGGAAUUUAUCGUGUAUAUGUUGUAAGGAGAAAUACAAUGAGUUAA